AUGAAGUCCUUCACCAUCUUCGGCCUUCUCGUCCUUGCCAAGCUGGCAGUCGCCUUCCCGGUCGAGACCGACGGCAGCAAGGUCUCGAGCGUGCACGCCCUCGACCGCCGCGCCAUCGUCAACCACGACAGCCUCUCCCCGCUCGCGCAGACGGUGCAGGCCGGCGCCAUCGGCGACGCCAUCGCCCGGUUCAGCCCCAAGAUCCGCAUCGCCAGCGGCUGCGAGCCCUACACGGCCGUCGACGCCAACGGCAACAUCAGCGGCGGCCUCAAGCCCGGCGGCAAGCCCAAGUCCAACUGCGGCGACCCCUACCGCGGCCAGACGUACUCGCGCGCGGGCACUGUCCAGGGCAAGUUCUGCAUCAUGUACUCGUGGUACAUGCCCAAGGACCAGCCCAGGGACGACACCAUCGGUGCUCACAGGCACGACUGGGAGAACGUCGUCAUCUGCACCGACUCGUCCAUGAACACCAUCACCAACGGUGCCGCCUCGGGCCAUGGCAAGUACAAGAAGACGACCAGCGUCCCGCUCGACGGCACAAACGUCCUGGUCGAGUACUUCACCAACUUCCCCACCAACCACGAGCUUCAGUUCACCUCCGACACUAGGGGAUACACCAAGCCCAUCAUGGACUGGGAUGCUAUGCCCCAGGCCAUGAGGGAUGCUCUCAACAACGCCGACUUUGGCGCCGCCACCGUCCCCUUCAAAGACUCGACCUUUAUGGACAACCUUAACGGCGCCCAGUAG